CGGUUACUUUUUUAAUUUACAUAGACAAACGCACGCACGCUUUUAUUCGACAUUUCACCCAAAAAACUCAUUUGUAUUUCAUCAAAACCACUAUUGAAACAAAAGUACAGUUUAAAGAAAAGGGCCGCCCAGAUCGUGCCGCCAGAAGUAGUCCGUCCGCCGCCGAAGUCAGACCAAAAAAAACGCACGAAAUUGACGACUACUUGCUUAACGAGUAGAAGAGAACCACCGGCGACACCUAAGGGAGAGAAAAUAACGACUGUAGAAAAGAAGAAAUAAAUCAAGAUGCCGAAGCCAGUAGUACAAGAAGGGGAUGAUCCCGAUCCAACCCCAUAUCUCUUCGUGUCUCUUGAGCAAAAGAGAAUCGACCAGUCUAAACCCUACGAUGGAAAAAAGGCUUGCUGGGUCGCCGACGAAAAAGAAGGAUAUGUCCUUGGUGAAAUUAAAGCCACCAAGGGUGAAUUGGUCACUGUCACUUUACCUGGCGGUGAGACCAAGGACUUCAAAAAGGAUGCACUGCAGCAAGUGAACCCGCCCAAGUAUGAAAAGGCUGAGGAUAUGUCCAACUUGACCUACCUGAACGAUGCCUCAGUCCUCCACAACUUGAAGCAACGUUACUACCAUAAGCUCAUCUACACCUACUCAGGCCUUUUCUGUGUGGCCAUCAAUCCCUACAAAAGAUUCCCCGUAUAUACAUUUAGAUGUGCCAAGUUAUACCGUGGUAAGAGGCGUAGCGAAGUCCCUCCCCACAUUUUCGCCAUUUCUGACGGAGCUUACGUAAAUAUGUUGACCAACGCUGAAAAUCAGUCUAUGUUGAUCACUGGUGAAUCUGGAGCCGGAAAGACUGAGAACACGAAGAAGGUAAUUGCGUACUUUGCCACCGUCGGUGCUUCAACAAAAAAAGAUAAAGAAGACCCGAACGCAAAGAAAAAGGGUUCCCUCGAAGAUCAGGUCGUACAAACCAAUCCCGUACUUGAGGCCUUCGGUAACGCUAAAACCGUCCGUAACGAUAACUCCUCUCGUUUCGGUAAAUUCAUCCGUAUUCACUUCGGUCCUUCUGGAAAACUGGCCGGAGCUGACAUUGAGACAUAUCUGCUGGAGAAGGCUCGUGUAAUUUCGCAGCAAACUCUUGAGCGUUCGUACCACAUCUUCUAUCAGAUGAUGUCCGGAUCAGUGAAAGGCUUGAAGGAGAUGUGCUGUCUCUCAGACAACAUCCAGGACUACUACUUCGUCUCCCAAGGAAAGACGACAAUCCCCAACGUAGACGAUGGCGAGGAAUUGCAGCUGACCGACCAAGCCUUCGACGUUCUUGGAUUCACCCAAGAAGAGAAGAACGAUAUUUACAAGAUCACUGCUACCGUAAUGCACAUGGGAGGCAUGAAGUUCAAGCAGAGGGGUCGUGAAGAACAGGCUGAAGCUGACGGUACUGAGGAAGGUGAACGUGUCGCCAAAUUGCUCGGCGUGGACUGCCAAGAUAUGUACAAGAACUUGUUGAAACCGAGAAUCAAGGUCGGUAACGAAUUCGUCACCCAAGGUCGUAACAAGGACCAGGUAGCCUACUCCGUGGGUGCCAUGUCGAAGGCCAUGUUCGACAGGGUGUUCAAGUGGUUGGUCAAAAAGUGUAACGAAACCUUAGACACCAAGCAAAAACGUCAACACUUCAUUGGUGUACUGGAUAUUGCUGGUUUUGAGAUCUUCGACUACAACGGUUUCGAGCAACUUUGUAUCAACUUCACCAAUGAAAAACUGCAACAGUUCUUCAAUCACCACAUGUUUGUACUCGAACAGGAAGAGUACAAAAAAGAGGGAAUCAAUUGGGCUUUUAUUGACUUUGGAAUGGACUUGCUAGCCUGUAUUGAACUUAUUGAAAAGCCCAUGGGUAUCUUGUCCAUCCUUGAGGAAGAAUCUAUGUUCCCCAAAGCCACCGACAAGACCUUCGAGGAGAAGUUGAACAAUAACCAUCUCGGCAAGAGUCCCAACUUCUUGAAGCCUAAACCACCAAAGCCUGGUCAACAACCUGCCCACUUCGCUAUUGGCCAUUAUGCCGGAAAUGUACCAUACAACAUCACUGGAUGGCUCGAGAAGAACAAGGACCCGUUGAACGAUACCGUUGUUGACCAGUUCAAGAAAUCUACUAAUAAACUGUUGGUAGAAAUCUUCGCUGACCAUCCAGGACAGUCUGGCGGUGGCAAGGGAGAUGAUGCCGGUGGCAAGGGAGGACGUGGUAAGAAAGGAGGUGGUUUCUCCACUGUGUCUUCAUCAUACAAAGAACAGCUUAACAACCUGAUGACCACUUUGAGGGCUACCCAACCUCACUUCGUCCGUUGUAUCAUUCCCAAUGAGUUGAAACAACCUGGAGUGAUUGACUCUCACUUGGUUAUGCAUCAGCUGACCUGUAACGGUGUGCUUGAGGGUAUUCGUAUCUGUCGUAAAGGAUUCCCUAACAGAAUGAACUAUCCUGACUUCAAACUGCGGUACAAAAUCUUGGCACCCGCUGCAGUCGAUGCAGCCGCAAGUGAUCCAAAGAAGGCUGCUGGCGCUGUUCUGGAAGCAUCCGGUCUGGAUGCCGAUCAGUACCGUCUUGGACACACCAAGGUGUUCUUCCGUGCCGGAGUCUUGGGUCAGAUGGAGGAGUUCCGUGACGAACGUCUCAGCAAGAUUCUCUCCUGGAUGCAGGCCUUCAUGAGGGGUUACUUGGCCCGUAAGGACUACGCUAAACUUCAAGAACAGAGAUUGGCCCUCCAAAUUGUACAACGUAACUUGCGUAGAUAUCUUCAAUUGCGCACCUGGCCAUGGUGGAAAUUGUGGCAAAAGGUCAGGCCCCUUCUCAACGCCACCCGUAUCGAAGACGAACUUGCCGAAUUGCAAGAAAAGGCAAAGAAGUACGAGGAGUCAUGGAUAAGGGAGGAGAAAAUGCGAAAAGAGUUGGAGGAACUCAACACCAAACUCUUGCAAGAAAAGACCGACCUCCUGAAACAUCUUGAUGGAGAAAAGGGAGCCCUUUCAGAAUACCAGGAGAAGGCCCUUAAACUUGGAGCCCAGAAGGCCGAUCUCGAAUCCCAGUUGUCGGAUAUCACCGACAGAUUCCAACAGGAAGAGGAGGCAAGAAACAACCUCUUCCAAGGAAAGAAGAAGCUCGAACAAGAAGUCUCCGGCUUGAAGAAGGAUAUUGAGGAUCUCGAAUUGACGAUCCAAAAGUCCGAGCAAGAUAAGGCGACCAAAGACCACCAAAUCCGUAACCUCAAUGAAGAGAUUGCUCACCAAGACGAGCUCAUCAACAAGCUCAACAAAGAAAAGAAGAAUCAAGGUGAGGUUAACCAGAAGACCGCCGAAGAACUCCAAGCUGCUGAGGACAAGGUCAACCACCUUACCAAAGUCAAGGUCAAGCUCGAACAGACUCUUGAUGAACUCGAGGACACUCUUGAACGCGAAAAGAAAGUUCGCGCUGAUGUUGAGAAGACCAAGAGGAAGGUUGAGGGAGACCUCAAGCUUACUCAAGAGGCCGUUGCCGACCUUGAGAGGAACAAGAAGGAACUGGAACAGACCAUCCAGCGCAAGGACAAGGAACUCUCUUCCCUUACAGCCAAGCUGGAGGAUGAGCAGUCUCUUGUUGGCAAGCUCCAGAAGCAGAUCAAGGAGCUCCAGGCUCGCAUCGAGGAGCUCGAGGAAGAGGUCGAAGCUGAAAGGCAGGCACGUGCCAAGGCCGAAAAGCAGCGCAGCGACCUCGCUCGAGAACUCGAGGAACUCGGUGAGCGUCUCGAGGAGGCUGGCGGCGCUACUUCUGCUCAGAUUGAGCUCAACAAGAAGAGAGAAGCUGAGCUCAGCAAACUCCGUAGAGACCUUGAGGAAGCCAACAUCCAACACGAAUCCGCCCUUGGAAUUCUCCGCAAGAAGCAUAAUGAUGCUGUUGCUGAGAUGGGAGAGCAAAUCGACCAGCUCAACAAAAUCAAGGCCAGGAUUGAGAAGGAGAAGGUUCAGUACUUCAGUGAAUUGAACGAUCUCCGCGCUACUGUUGAUCACCUCAGCAACGAAAAGGCUGCCCAAGAGAAGAUUGCUAAGCAAUUGCAACAUCAGUUGAACGAGACUCAAGGCAAACUUGAGGAAGUGAACCGCACGUUGAACGACUUUGACUCUGCCAAGAAGAAGCUGUCGAUCGAGAACAGCGAUCUUUUGAGGCAGUUGGAAGAGGCCGAAUCACAGGUGAACCAACUUUCCAAGAUCAAGAUUUCAUUGACGACACAGUUGGAGGACACUAAGAGGCUCGCCGAUGAAGAAGGACGCGAACGCGCCACUCUUCUGGGUAAAUUCCGUAAUUUGGAACACGACCUGGACAAUAUCCGCGAACAAGUGGAGGAAGAAGCCGAAGGAAAGGCUGAUUUGCAGAGGCAGUUGAGCAAGGCCAACGCUGAGUCUCAACUCUGGCGUACAAAGUACGAAUCAGAAGGAGUAGCUCGUGCCGAGGAACUCGAGGAGGCUAAACGCAAAUUGCAGUGCCGUCUCGCCGAAGCCGAAGAGACCAUUGAGUCCCUCAACCAGAAGGUUAUUGCUUUGGAGAAGACAAAACAACGUCUUGCCACAGAAGUCGAAGAUCUCCAACUAGAAGUCGACCGUGCUACUGCCAUUGCCAACGCAGCCGAGAAGAAACAGAAGGCAUUCGACAAAAUCAUUGGCGAAUGGAAACUCAAGGUCGACGACCUUGCAGCGGAACUGGACGCCAGCCAAAAGGAGUGCCGCAACUACAGUACAGAGCUCUUCAGGCUCAAGGGUGCUUACGAAGAAAGCCAGGAACAGUUGGAAGCGGUUCGUCGCGAAAACAAGAACUUGGCCGAUGAAGUCAAGGACCUUUUGGACCAGAUUGGAGAGGGUGGCCGAAACAUCCACGAAAUCGAAAAGGCAAGGAAGCGCUUGGAGGCUGAGAAGGAUGAGCUGCAGGCAGCUUUGGAGGAAGCCGAGGCGGCUCUCGAGCAGGAAGAAAACAAAGUAUUGCGCAGCCAGCUUGAGCUCAGUCAAGUUAGGCAGGAGAUUGACCGUCGCAUCCAGGAGAAGGAAGAGGAGUUCGAAAAUACCAGAAAGAACCACCAACGCGCCCUUGACUCCAUGCAAGCAUCUCUCGAAGCCGAAGCUAAGGGCAAGGCUGAGGCUUUGCGCAUGAAGAAGAAGUUGGAGGCCGACAUCAACGAACUUGAAAUUGCCUUGGACCAUGCCAACAAGGCCAACGCUGAAGCACAAAAGAAUAUCAAGAGAUACCAACAACAACUUAAGGAUGUACAGACCGCCCUGGAAGAGGAACAAAGAGCACGUGAUGAGGCUCGAGAACUCCUUGGAAUCUCUGAACGUAGAGCAAAUGCUCUCCAGAACGAGCUUGAAGAAAGCAGACAACUCCUUGAACAAGCUGACCGUGGACGUCGCCAGGCUGAGCAAGAACUGGCUGAUGCUCAUGAGCAACUUAAUGAAAUUAGUGCCCAAAACGCUUCUAUCUCCGCCGCCAAGAGGAAACUUGAGGCAGAACUCCAAACCCUCCACUCCGACCUCGACGAACUUCUUAACGAGGCCAAGAACUCCGAAGAAAAGGCGAAGAAGGCUAUGGUUGACGCCGCUAGACUAGCCGAUGAACUCAGAGCAGAACAAGAUCACGCCCAAACCCAGGAGAAGCUUCGCAAGGCAUUGGAAACGCAAAUCAAGGACCUCCAAGUCCGCCUCGAUGAGGCCGAAGCCAAUGCACUCAAAGGAGGCAAGAAGGCUAUCCAGAAAUUGGAGCAACGCGUGCGUGAGCUUGAAAAUGAACUCGAUGGUGAACAGAGGAGACACGCCGACGCACAGAAGAACCUACGCAAAUCAGAGCGCCGCAUCAAGGAGCUCAGCUUCCAGGCCGAUGAGGACCGCAAAAACCACGAACGUAUGCAAGACUUGGUCGACAAAUUGCAACAGAAGAUCAAGACAUACAAGAGGCAAAUUGAGGAGGCAGAAGAGAUCGCAGCCCUUAAUCUUGCCAAGUUCCGUAAAGCACAACAAGAGCUCGAGGAAGCCGAAGAGAGAGCAGACCUCGCAGAACAGGCUAUUACCAAGUUCCGCACCAAGGGCCGUGGAGGCAGUGCCGCCCGUGGUCUUAGUCCAGCGCCACACCGACCUGCGUUCAACAAACCCCAGUUCGACGGUUCCGCAUUCCCACCACGCUUCGACCUACAGCCCGACGGUGAUUUUUAAGCUAACGCGUCGAGAACCCCGUAAUUUCGUCACUGUAAGUCAGCAAACAACGUCAUCCCACCUGCAAUAUCAUCAUCAUCAUCAUCAUCAUCAUCGAACUCAUACACAUCAUUUAU